CACUAAUUGAUUGGGCUUUGCCGCAAUAUUUGGCCUCACGAAGCCAGUGCAUGAGCCAACGGGCAUAGGUGGUUAUGACGGGUAAGUUCUCUGUCUUCUCUGUCCUUCUCCUCUCCCUCCUCAUUACUCAUGUGAAACAGAUCCCUGGGUAGGAUACCAAGGACAUUGAACAUAACUGUCUCAUCACUCGAUCCUUGGAACGACGCGGUAUUUUCUAAAACCACACUACAAUGCCCACCUUCCACAUCUUUGACCCCGUCGUCGCCCUACGGGCCGCGCCGCUCGUCUCGUCGACCUGCACUCUGCUCUACGCCUGGGACCAGGAUUUCUUCCUCGGCUUGCUCAAUCGCCCUGAGAAUCACCGCGCGCGCAGCCGGGCGCUCUUGCCGCCAUACUUUAGGACCUUUUUCCGCCGCGGCGUUGGCUUUGUCGUGGGCUGUCUGGCCGUCACUACCUGGUCCUCGGUUGCCAACCUGUACGUGCGCCGUCCAGCCCUGCACGCCAGGCAGUCAUUUUGGUGGUACGUAGCGGGUGCCGCGCUCUCGUCCGGCCACCUGCUUUUUGUGCCCGUCAUCGCACCGUCUAUCAAGGCCAUCUGGGAUGCCGAUGCCGGCAAGCCUGAGACUGCUGAAGGGACUAAUGGGGCGGGGAUUGACGCCAAUGCUGCCCUCGACGAGUGGCUCGUCAUCAACAAGAUCCGCUCGCUGACGGUUGACCUUGCUGCCUGGGUUACAUGUGUCGUGGCUGUGACUAGGACUCUCGAGGCCUGAACAAUCAGGCGGGGCGCCCUUGGAACUCGGCAUAGUUAGAGAGGAACGGCCGUAACUAUAUCACAUUUGCAAACAUCAACUCGGCUUGUCAUCUGUCAGGAAGGAGUUACCGCUUCGGUAUUAUAGUG